AUGCCAGCAGACCCUUCCGCACCCCCUGUUGUGUUACGCAUAGAAAAUCCAAAAUCGGCUACGCAUCAGCAAAACCAAGCAUGGUCUGAGGUUGCAAGUAAAGUUGGAUCCGUGAAAGUUUCCAAGGGCACACCGGCCUCUCCUUAUAGUCCAUCCUUUACAGAAGAAUCUGCCUGCUCGCCCAAAAACUUUCCCGAUCGCCCUCAACAAAUUUCUCAAUGCAGACAGGGGGGGUUGGUUUUUUUCCCCGGAACAACACCUAUCGGUACAGACUUUAUGAUAAUUGACCCGCUGCUGGUGGAAGGAAACACACAUGUUGGGGAUAUACACGUGGACAUCAAUCACUAUUAUAUUGUCUUGAGGGAGUGUGACGUGGUCGUCCAGCCGGGAGGCAAGCUGGUAGCCUUGGCUAUGUCGGAUAUCAAGUGA